AUGGGCGUUGGAGGAUCAUGUUUCAUGUUUCAUGGGAUGGGCACUGGGCAGCAGCGUCGAAGCAUGGCAUGGCCGUUCGACGCCGAAAGUGUCUGGCUGGCUAGCGCGUCUAAUGCCGGAGCAGGCGAUGGUUCAGCCGUGGCGUGGUGCAUUAGCGACCGGCCAAUGGCGGCGGACAAUGGUGGAAAUGCGGGUGUGCCAAUGCAGAAUUGCAGACGCAGGCGGCGGCAGGGGAAUGGCAUGGCAUGUACUUCAGGUCCCCAGCGGCUAUCAGCCUUGUACCAAUACCACAACGCACCCGAAGUCGCCCCGGCACAUGGCCUGGAGUACGACGAUACCAUCUAUCCUUCCUCCGACAAAUUUCCUGUCAUUCGAGAAUCGCCCGUUUACGAUGCCAAGCUGGGCAAGCAUGGCUUUGCCGGUGACAACAGGCCGCCGCGAAUCAUCUUUGGAAUGAAGAUACGCACCUUUCUGCUAGUAGCACUGCUUAUGGUCCUCAUCAUAGUGGGUGCGGCCGUGGGAGGUGCAGUUGGCGGUCAGCAAUUACGGGAGAAUCAGGCUCAACAGACAGCCAUCACGAAUUCUCCUGUGACACAGACGACAAGCAAGGGAACUGCUACUUCGACCUACUCAGCACCCACGCCGACAUACACACCAUUAAACGAAUGUCCCGACUCAAACAAUACCGAAUACACAUCGCAAUAUGCAUCCGGUUCUUCGGGCUCAGUACCAGAACACGCACGACUGAAAUUCACCAAGUACUGCAAUCUUUCAAAUCCAUUAUCAGACGACGGCGCCCAGCGAAUCGCCGAAGCAUAUGUUUACAGUUUCUCAGACUGCGUCGAAGUUUGCGCAGGCUACAAUUUUUGGAACGAUGGCGCCAAUUGCACGGUAGCCAUCUACCAACCCGGUGGCGAACGACCCGGAAACUGCUGGGUUGGAAAUGCUGGCAGCGUGCAGGCCAGCGAUCUCAACACUACCCAAGGAACCGACGUUGCCAUUUUGCAUUCAUAG